CGCAAAAAUGGCGCCUCUUAUUCCUCGUCUGCAUCUCUUUGAGAUUGACGAUCAGCCAUGGUUCCCUGCCUUUUUACGCAGUCGCAUCCAAAAUGCUCUCACUGCGGCUUGGAACUCCAAUACUCCUCUUCAGCCCCAAUCACCCGCGCGCAUCGCCGCAUCUACACUCAUACGCGAACUUGGCAGCUCGCUCUCAUCUUACACUUUCAUCGACUUCUGCGCCGGCGGUGGCGGACCCACACCAACAAUUCAAAAAACCAUAAAUGCUCAUCUUAAAGUUGAGGGAAAGCCGCCAGUUGAUUUCAUCCUGACAGACUUGCAUCCCAACGUGAGGGCUUGGGAUAAGAUUGCGAGACACUUUCCACAAAUUUCAUACGAAAGGCAAUCCGUGGAUGCGAGUAAAGCCCCCAAGCAUCUCGUGGAACGUCAAGACGGAAAGAAAGUGAUGCGGCUGUUCAACCUGGCGUUCCAUCACUUUGACGAUGUCUUGGCGAGGGAUAUACUCAGAGAUACGGUAAAGACAAGCCAUGGAUUCGCCAUAUUCGAGCUUCAAGACCGUAGCCUCGCAGGCAUGGUUAGCGUCUGCAUGCUGGGAGUUGCAUCAAUAGUCAUGGCACCGGCUUUUGCCUGGAAAUGGAGAUCUCCCACUUCUCUUGCAUUCUCAUGGCUUUUACCCGUCUUACCAUUUGUCUUGGUAUUUGACGGAAUAGUUUCAUGUCUAAGAACGAGGACUCCCAGCGAGGUGGAAAGUCUCCUCCGUGGCUGCGGUGCCGACACAAGCUCGUGGGAGAUACAAAGUGGUCGGUGCAAGUUUAUCUGGCCGUGUGGAUAUCUAAAUUGGGUCAUAUGUAGACCCGUUGAGAGGGUUUGAUAAGUGCCAUGCACAGGUAAUGAAGUGGACAGUAUGCAGUCUCAUACUUUACAAAUUCAAUCAGCGGAACCACCAAUUCACAGAUCCAUUCAGACGUCCAUCUGAGUAUUUGCUCUUAAUAGAAUGCCACCAGCCUUUUGG